AUGCCAGUGCUACGCAACGCCGACCACCCAGUCCACUCGCUGACGGAUUCCGUCGGCGCGCGGUACGGUGUCGCUGUGCUCGGCUCCUGGGCCGCUGAAGCAGCAACAUACCCAUUUGAUUUGACGAAGACAAGACUACAGAUCCAAUCAGAGGUUGCUGCCGCCAAACAUGGAUACAAGUUGGAAAACCACGGCAUGAUCAAAACAGCGGUUGGUAUAGCGAAGCAGGAAGGUGUUACCAAGCUCUGGACCGGCCUGAUGCCCAUGUUUCAACGCCAUGCUAUCUACUCAGGCUGCCGACUCAUCUUCUACGAGCAGUUCAGAAACCACUUCAAAGAUGAACACGGAAAAGUGUCACUUGGAAUCGCUUCCGUGGGUGGGUUAGCGGCAGGGGCAUUGGCGCAGCUGAUCGCGUCUCCCACAGACCUCGUGAAAGUACAGAUGCAAGCUGAAGGCCGCCGGGUCUUGCAGGGCAAGCCUAAACGGUUCUCCAACUGCAGGGAUUGUUACAAGAUGCUGUAUAAAGAAGCUGGGCUUAGAGGCUUUUGGAGAGGAGCUGUGCCCAACGUGCAACGCGCUGCCCUCGUGAACAUGGGUGACUUAGCAGCGUACGAUUACACCAAACAGUUCUUAAUGCGUGAAUUUGCUAUGGCGGACAAUGCCUUGGUUCAUGGCGCUGCUGCAUUCACUGCUGGCUUCGUGGCUGCAGUACUUGGCACACCAGCUGACGUACUUAAGACCAGGCUUAUGAACCAACCCGUGGGACCUGAUGGAAGGGGCUUAUCGUACCGAGGUAUGAUAGAUUGUCUGCAGCAGUCCAUCAAGAAUGAAGGCAUCCUGUCCAUGUACAAAGGUUUCCUGCCACUCUGGAUGAGGCUGGGACCCUGGGCGCUCAUCAACUGGAUAGCCUUCGAGAACAUCAUGUUGGCUAUAGGGGGACAUACGUUUUAG